AUGAACGCCCCUGAUGGUUUGGCGUCUCAAUUAGUGCUCCCAGAAGGAAAAAUACUUUACCAUGGCACACUUGCUGACGAAUUCGUUCAUCGGCACGAGCCCUACCCAAUCCACUUCACUCAUCCGCCAAUGUCCGACUCACCAGCAUGGUUCGCAGACAAUCGCAACUUCUCACUGCACGCUGCAAUGCGAUUUACCGUUCCCGGAGAGGAAGGAGAGAUUGUCCUUCACACAUACACAGUUCGCAAGCAACUGAGCAUGAUGUCUUUGCCAGACAUUGAGAACUUCAGAGUUUUUAUGCGGGAAAUGCUGGGGGUAAACAAUCUACAAGUGAACGGACUCAUGGAAGGGAUUGUUCUAGCUCGAUGGUCCAAUGAGCCAAUGGGUCUUGAUGGGUACGCCCUCGAGCGCGAUAUGGUUCGCGGUGAGCCUGAAUACGUGUUGUUCCAGGUUGGAUUGGCGAGGUUGAACGCCCAUCCUAGCCAAGUUAUCCGCGUCCUACCAAUUAAAGGCACGCAGAGCAGCAAACUGGUCGACAAAAAAACCGGUGUGCACCUAGCUACCUAUACAUACGACAAUGGCCCUGGAAAGCUACAGUGA